GGAUGGCCUUAAAAAAAAAAAGUCUCGGCUAGCUCCACCGGAGGCUUGUCCUCUGCAAACAUCUGGCUGCAGGCAAAGGCGGCGAGAGCUGGGUGGCGAGAGGAGGGCUCCGCCGCGACCCGGACAGUUUCCAAUCCUGGUCAAGCGGUGGUGCUAGCUCUUUGCUGCAGGCUCUCCGCGUUUCCUAAUUUCAUGGUCACGGCAGCCUCGGAGCGGAUCCUACCCAAACUGAAAACACAAGGCUCCACGCUCAGCAGCCCUGUGCCGCCAGGAGAGGCCAAUGCCCCCUCCUGUGCCAUGCUCUAGCGCAAGACGGCAGUCUUUGGGCGACAUUCUUCUCAAGCAGGUGGCCCGUCUGCUGCUGAGCUCUCCGCGUUCGCGGGGAAGCAGCCCGCACCCCGCCGGUCGCCGCCGACCAUGACCAUGACCCUCCACACCAAAGCCUCGGGCAUGGCCUUGCUGCACCAGAUCCAAGGAAACGAGCUGGAGCCGCUCAACCGCCCGCAGCUCAAGAUGCCCAUGGAAAGGGCUCUGGGCGAGGUGUAUGUGGACAGCAGCAAGCCCGCGGUGUUCAACUACCCCGAGGGCGCCGCCUACGAGUUCAACGCCGCCGCCGCCGCGGCGCCGGUCUACGGCCAGCCGAGCAUCGCCUACGGCCCCGGGUCCGAGGCGGCCGCCUUCGGCGCCAGCAGCCUGGGGGCCUUCCCCCAGCUCAACAGCGUGUCGCCCAGCCCGCUGAUGCUGCUGCACCCGCCGCCGCAGCUGUCGCCCUUCCUGCACCCGCAGGGCCAGCAGGUGCCCUACUACCUGGAGAACGAGCCGAGCGCCUACGCCGUGCGCGACGCCGGCCCUCCCGCCUUCUACAGGUCCAAUUCGGAUAAUCGACGCCAGAGUGGCCGAGAGAGACUGUCCAGUAACAGUGAGAAGGGAAGCAUGACCGUGGAGUCUGCCAAGGAGACCCGCUACUGUGCAGUGUGCAAUGACUAUGCCUCUGGCUACCAUUAUGGGGUCUGGUCCUGUGAAGGCUGCAAGGCUUUCUUCAAGAGAAGUAUUCAAGGACAUAAUGACUACAUGUGUCCAGCUACAAACCAAUGCACCAUUGACAAGAACAGGAGGAAGAGUUGCCAGGCCUGCCGGCUGCGCAAGUGUUACGAAGUGGGCAUGAUGAAAGGCGGGAUACGGAAAGACCGACGAGGAGGGCGAAUGCUGAAACACAAGCGCCAGAGAGAUGACUUGGAAGGCAGAAAUGAGAUGGGGCCUUCUGGAGACAUGAGGGCCGCCAACCUUUGGCCAAGCCCUCUCGUGAUUAAGCACACGAAGAAGAACAGCCCCGCCUUGUCCUUGACAGCUGACCAGAUGGUCAGUGCCUUGUUGGACGCUGAGCCGCCCUUAAUCUAUUCUGAAUAUGAUCCUUCCAGACCCUUAAGUGAAGCUUCGAUGAUGGGCUUAUUGACCAACCUUGCAGACAGGGAGCUGGUUCACAUGAUCAACUGGGCAAAGAGAGUGCCAGGUUUUGGGGACUUGAAUCUCCAUGAUCAGGUCCACCUUUUAGAGUGUGCCUGGCUGGAGAUCCUGAUGAUUGGUCUCGUCUGGCGUUCCAUGGAACACCCAGGGAAGCUGCUCUUCGCUCCUAACUUGCUCCUGGACAGGAACCAGGGCAAGUGCGUAGAGGGCAUGGUGGAGAUCUUUGACAUGCUGCUGGCGACAUCGACCCGGUUCCGCAUGAUGAACCUGCAGGGCGAAGAGUUUGUGUGCCUCAAAUCUAUCAUUUUGCUUAACUCGGGAGUGUACACUUUUCUGUCCAGCACCUUGAAGUCUCUGGAAGAGAGGGACCACAUCCACCGAGUCCUGGACAAAAUCACAGACACUUUGAUCCACCUGAUGGCCAAAGCUGGCCUGACUCUGCAGCAGCAGCAUCGUCGCCUAGCUCAGUUCCUCCUCAUUCUUUCCCACAUCCGGCACAUGAGCGACAAAGGCAUGGAGCAUCUCUAUAACAUGAAAUGCAAGAAUGUCGUGCCCCUCUACGACCUGCUGCUGGAGAUGCUGGAUGCCCACCGCCUACAUGCGCCAGUUAGUCGCAUGGGAGUCCCCCAAGAGGACCCCAACCAGAGCCAGCUGACCACCACUAGCCCCACUUCAGCCCAUUCCGUACAGACCUACUACAUCCCUCCAGAAGCGGAGAGUUUCCCCAACACGAUCUGAGAGCUCCCUGGCUCCCCCAUGGUUCUGAGAAUCCCUGAAGCAUUUUACCCAUGUCAUGUAUCACUUUAGCAGAAUUCUGUCUCCUGCGUCACACUCUGGCAUGCGCCCACCAUCAGCGGCUUUCUGGUAUGAGUGGCUGUUCAUUUGCUUGCUCAGUUCUUAGUGGCACAUCUUCUAUUGGGAACAGCCAAAAGGGAUCCCAGGGCUAAAUUUCGGCAACAGCUCUCUUUCCCCCUAUUGCUACAUCACUAAGUGUGAGGAUUCCUAUAGUCAUCAUGACUGAAUUGAGAUAACCGCAUUGAAGCUACUUGUUGAGACCCAAGCCUAGAGAGUAUACCUUUCAUCUCUGAGAAGCACUUUGUAAAGGCUCCAAGAGUAAGCCUCAGCAGCAUUAGUAAGCCUUGACGUGGCUCCCGUCAUGGAAGCCACAGCGAAAGCCAUCUCAUGGGUUCUUUAUAACACCAAACUGUAUUCCUAUAGCAACACGUGACUUUAUUAAAGGGAAAUCUUGAGUCUCUAUAGGAAUACAAGAUUCACACAGGAAGGAAAGAUUCCCCUACUUGUCACGAUUAUGUCAGCUUAAUACACUGCACUUUCUGGUUUCUAAAGUGUCAACUGCCAAGCACUGUACACAGGCCAUGAGUUUUAGAUAAUUCUCACUUCCCAUGACUUUCGGUAACCAGCAAGUCAAUGUCAGUUCACACCCUGAUAUGAAUUAGCCUCCUUCAUGAAGGCUGUAGGGUGUGUUGAUUUUCUUUGAUUCUCAUCUUCUAAUAUCCUUCUGCCUCUGGGGCUUGCAGUGAAGGUGGCUUGGGGACCUGUGCUGCGGAAUCCAGCACUCAUCAGCCCAGGACACUUCCUUGUCUCUUCCCCCAUGGGAACUGCCCCAAAUUGUUCCCAAGUGGAGCAGCUAAGGGCAGUUGCAUGAGCCUGUACCCUGGUGAUACAGUUUGUUUUGCUUAGUUUUAUUCUCGAGUGAAGGGAGACAAAUAAUAAAUGUACAAUGACUGUGAAUCAGGAGCAUGAACAAGAAGGAGAGUACAGGAGAGACUGGGAAAACCGGGAGAAAUGCGCAGGCCACAGGCAGCAACUUCUCAGGGGUGCAUUUCAGGCUCCACCAUUCACAGUGGGGCUGACCUGGGAUCCGCUGUCUGCUUGUGUUUACAUUUCAGGUGUGACCCUGAUCGAAAGAGGCAACCGUAGAUUCCUGUGCUCCUAGAGUGUCCUUAACUACUCAGAACUCAUCCAAAAAAAUAUCAGCUGGUGUGUCUUGGGGAGAACUCCUCCUCCCCUGCUCCAGUGGCUCAUGUUCCUAUACUUUAUGAGCCAGAGAAUGAGAUCAGAAAUGUCUCAUGAGCAUCUUUUGGCCAAGGGGGCAAAAAGAAUGGCUAACUCUAACCACAGCCACCCAAAGCCAAUGGGAUCUUGGCCUCUCUAGUACAACUAAGGAUUAUUUCCUUUUCUUAACCAAAAUGAAAGUUCACUUUCCCCCCCUGACUUUAUGAUCUAUAAUUUGAACUCCAUUGAGAUGUGAUGUGUUAGCCAACAGCCCAGGUGAAUGGAUAGGCUUCUCUUGGUCAGUCCUAUUUGGAAUAGAGGGUUCAAUUAAUUUUUGGUCUCCCAGUUAAGUGACUACCAAAGAAGUGGGAAGCUGGGAGGGCCAAUAUUUUUUCUUCUUUUUUCAUAUUUGUGCAUCAAAUUCUGGGACAUUUUUAUGUAUCUGCUUUAAGAAUAUGUUUAAGAAUAUAAUUCUUUUGUUUGUGUUUGUUUAAGAAGCACCUUAUAUAGUAUAAUAUAUAUUUUUUUGAAAUUGAAUUGCUUGUUUAUCAGACAAUUGAAUGUAAUAGUUCUGUUCUGCAUUUUAAUUUGACUGGGUUAACAUUGCAAAAAAACAAGGGAAAUAUUUAGUUUUUUUGUAGACUUUUCAAGCUACCGUCAUGUAUGCCGUUACUAAUGCCUAAAGCCUGGUGAUUUUCAUUUAAAUGAAGAUCACAUUUCAUAUCAACUUUUGUAUCCACAGUAGACAAAAUAGCACUAAUCCAUAUGCCUAUUGUUGGGUGUUGAAUGAUAGACAAUCUUAUGUAGCAGAGAUUAUGCCUGAUAAGGAAAAUUAUUCAGGGCAGCUAAUUUUGCUUUUACCAAAAUAUCAGUAGUAAUAUUUUUGGACAGUAGCUAAUGGGUCAGUGGGUUCUUUUUAAUGUUUAUACUGAGAUUUUCUUUUACAAAAACAAAAAUUAAAAAAAAAACUUCUAGGACUUUAGAUGAUGUAAUACCAGCUAAAUCCAAACGAUACUGUAGUGGAGGGUUUUACAUUAUCCAUCUACUGUGUUUGUAUUCAUGUUAUGAUAAUACAUUUGAAAUGGGCAGAGAACAUCAGACAGCUGAAGUGUUAGCCCAAGAAUUUCAAACAAGGUUUGAAAAUCUUUUUUUACCCUUAUCUGAAGUGCCAAUUUUGAGCAGCUGAUAUAUUUCAGCUGCUGCUGUGUUGGGGUACUGGGGGCAUGCCAGAGAGUCAUACCCAUUAUUUCCCCUCACCUGGAGGCAAUUUACAGUUUGAAUGUCAUGAUCUACCUAGAGAGUCACGAUGGGGUAGGUAGGUAGAUCUAGGAAUCCAAAGGAAGGGGGAAAUGGGAAUAAAAUGUAUGGAAAUUAUUCUGGCACUUUGACUGUGCCCCACAUUUCAGAAUUUCACUUCUGUCUGCACUGUAACAAAAUAACACCUAGCUCCAUUGGUAGCCAUUUUCAAAAUGGUGGCUUGAGUGCUGAGGAAGAGUGUGGCAGCAGCAGUGAAAUCCAAAGAAUAAUACAGCAAGAGGUUUGCCUAAGUUUCUUUCAGCCAUUGCUUAUCUUGCUGAUUUGAUUCUGGUCAUCCAAAGAGAAAACCCUAUCAAUGUAGGUGACAAAAAUACAGUCUCCAAGGAUGUGCCAUCUUUGAUAGAUUUCCCUGGUAACAUUGCAGAUGUUUUUCCAUACCAUAUCUCAUGCCUUUGGGGGCUGAACAAGUAAGUGACUUACUGAUAAUUUCCUUUUAAUCACAUUGUGAUGUCCACACUUUGCAGUCUAGUAUGUUGAAAGGUCGUUGACUCCAGCCAUUGGUUUAGAGUUACGCGUAUCCCUGCAUGAAGUCAGUUACAAAUCUCUUCCUAUUCAUACUUUGCAACUCUGAGAUGUAUCGUGGAUACUGAGAAUGAUGGCUAGGACCAUAGUAAUGUCUGAUAGUCUCAGUCAUAUCUGCUUGGGGAACCUAAGUCUUUUAAAGGCAAACAGAGUCAUACAGUAGCACAAGGCAACCAUGAUUCUCUUUGGUGCAAGUCUUGGGAGGGUGAUCCAGCUUCCACUGCACACUUCCUAAAUUAACUCCAUGAAAAUUUACUCUCUUUCAACUGGAGCAAACAAAUUUAACUGUGGUCCCAAAUAUCCAUCUUUUCAUUAGCAUGAGUAUGCUUUAUUUCCAGCUUCAUAUCUUUUCCAUGUAAAUUAAAGUGUGGUCUCUUUUAAAGUCCUUUAAACUUGUUUUCUAAGUGAUUGCUGUCUCAAUUAUGGCACUUCAAUUUUGCACUGUUUUUCAGAGACUUAAGAAAAAUUUCUAUUUGCUUUUUUCUUUCUUUAGCAUCCAAAUGUGCCUGAACUUUUAAAAUAUGUAAAUGCUGCCAUGUUCCAAGCCCAUCUUUAGUGUCUUUUUACAGAGCUGUGCACCCUGGAAAUAACAUACAGUCCCAUGAGCAGGUGCCUGAGACAUGGACCCCUUUGCCCCACAGAGAGGUCGUUGGUCAUAGAGACUUGAAUUAAUAAGUGACAUUAUGCCAGUUUAUGUUCUUUCACAGCUUACAAACAAUGCUUUUUGUGCACUACAUAUUCUUCAGUGUGGAGCUCUUGUUUUCCGAGGAAAGGCACAGAUGCCCAAUUGUGUUUGAUGGAUUACUACAUACUUCUGAUGCAUUCUACUAUUGAUGUGAUUCUGUUUCGUCUCAGCUUGCUUUGUUUAAUGAAACACACCUGUAAGCCUCUUUCGCACCUUGAAACAGUGAAGAAUCCAGUGGGAUGCUCAAGCACCUGUAAACCAUCUUCCCCACAUAUUUGAUGUUCAAAUAAAAAAUAAACUAAAGGAAA